CGCUGUGAGGUGCCAGCACUCGGCCCUGGGCUGGACUCGCGAAGCAAGGCGGGGUGACACUCCUGUCCCACAGGCUCCUGCUUUCCAGCAGUUUCCGAGACCGCCGGAGUCAAGGGAAUGUCUUUCUGCCUAGUAACCCCUGAUGAGUUUGCCCGGUGGCUGUUGAGAUCCGAGUAAGCUGUUGGUGUCUGUGAUGUUCGGAAGUGUCUCUUCACAGUAACUAAAUCAGUGACUAGCCAAAACAAACAUCUGAUUUUCUUUGGGGGUGUGGUGUGUGUCGAGUCUGCCUUCAGGUUCUAAAUGGCUUCUAAGAAGUUGGGAUCCGACUCUCAUGGGCCUUUCAGUUACCUUGAUGAUGUCCCAUUUAAGAUAGGAGACAAGUUCAAAACCCCAGCAAAGGUUGGGUUACCCAUUGGUUUCUGUCUGUCUGAUUCUUCUCAGCUUGUCAGAGAAGCCCAGUAUGACUUCUCUCUGGAAAAGAAAACAAUUGAGUGGGCUGAAGAGAUAAAAAAAAUUCAGGCUGCCCAGAGAGAAGCUGAACGCAAGGCAGAAGAAGCCCUAGCAAACUCAAAAGCAGCUCCAGAGGACAACACCAAGAUGGGGUUCUCAGAGGGACCUUGCCCUGAAGUCAUUCCUCCUCCUAUUAACCCCAUCCUCGCUAGCCUGCAGCACAAUAAUAUUCUGACUCCUACCCCAGCCAACACCAGCUCUGUGAAGCAGAAGGUCCUCAGUCCACCUCGUCCAAAGGCAGAUUUCAACCCAGCUGAUUUUGAAUGUGAAGAAGACCCGUUUGACAAACUGGAAUUAAAAACUAUUGAUGAUAAGGAGGAAUUAAAAAAUAUCCUUGAAAUUCAUGUUGGUACUACUGGGCCAAUUGUUGCCCAGCUGUUAGAUAAUACUUUGCCUAAAGGAGGGUCUGAGUCUGUGUUGCAAGAUGAGGAAGUUCUGGCAUCCAUAGAAAAGGCUACGUUGGACUUCAAACCCCUUCACAAACCCAAUGGCUUUAUCACUUUACCACAGCUGGGAAACUGUGAAAAGAUGUCCUUGUCUUCCAAAGUGUCCCUUUCCCCCAUCACUUCAGUGAGCAAUAUCAAAUCCCUGUCAUUCCCUAAGCUUGACUCCGAUGAGGGUGAUCAGAAAUCAACAAAGCUCACGAGCACUUUCCACAGCACUACCUGCCUCCGCAACGGCACUUUGCUUAGCUCUUUGCAGACCUGUGCUCAGAGCAAAGUCAGUGAACUGAAUGGACACCAUAUGCUUGGUCUUUCCGCUCUAAAUGAGGACAGUGGCAGGGAGACGUUAUCAUCUUCAUCCAGGCUGUCUCCCCGGGUUGUUUCCACUGUUUGUACAGAAGAAGAAUCAUCUCAAAGUACAUCGACUACGCAGGUACACCCAGACUACCAGGAAACAGAAAUCCCUGUGGUAACACACCAAAACUUUGCAGUGUCUAAAGUGCCCAAUAAUAGUAGCUGCACGAAGUGGCCAGGUGGUCUUGCAGCUGAGCUGCAGCAGGGCCUCUCCCCCAGCGAGAGGCACUGUGUGGAGACCGUGGUCAACAUGGGCUACUCACCUGAGAACGUCCUGAAAGCCAUGAAGAAGAAGGGACAGAACAUAGACCAGGUUUUGGAUUACCUGUUUGCACAUGGACAGCUUUGUGAGAAGGGCUUUGAUCCACUUCUUGUUGAAGCAGCUUUGGAAAUGCACCAGUGUUCAGAGGAGAAGAUCACAGAACUUCUCCAAUUAAUGAGUCAAUUUAAAGAAAUGGGCUUUGAACUAAAAGACAUUAAGGAGGUCUUAUUAUUACACAACAACGACCAACACAAUGCUUUGGAAGAUCUAAUGGCCCGUGCAGGAGCCAGCUGAAGACACAUUCCUGGAUUCUUUGUGUGCAACAGAGCAGGACCAGCCCCGCCACCUUUGCAUCCAGUGUGACUUGCUCUCAGUGGGAAGGAGUCCAGCUUUUCGCAUACAAGGGAGAGUGACUGAGCAAGUCUGCCUGCGUGCAUCACUCCAGCAUUUCUCUUUUCACUGAGGGCCAACUUUCAUUCUUAAAUUAAAUUUUGAAGUGUCCUUUCCCGAGUUUCCUUUUUCCAGCUUGGCCACGGAAAGUUGAGACUGCCCAGCCUUGACUGGAAUUGUACAUAGGUAGAGAUGGAGUGGUUGCCCCCCUCAUUGUUGCACUGGAGUUGGACAGAAGAAUAUUAAGUUGGGUCUGAAACUAGGAUGCUUUGGUUCUUUGAAGCUGCUUUCAUGGUGUCUUGUCUGCUUGUACUGAGUUACUUGACUGUGUCACAGUCCAGAUUACCUGGUUAAAUUUGACCUUUAGUGCAAUGGAGUUUUAUUUUUUUGGUUGAAAGUUAGUCUGUAACUUAGUAGAACACUGGUUCAGAAACUGUCACUAUGCAUAAAGACAGAACCUUGUUUUGUCCUCUUGGUUUUUGUUCUUUACCCAUUCAUCCAACACUUCUGCCAGACACAAGUGUGCAAUGCUGAGUGGUAAAUUCCCUUGAAGCAGGUAAGCUGUGAACUCAACCUAGACCUGCAACUUGUGUUGGUUCUUGAACCUGAAGGUGGAGAGCUGGGGCUCAAUAUUUUUAAUCCCCUGGGCUUAUAGGAUAUUUAAGACAAUGCCCUGCUAGAAAUCCAGUUAUCUUUUUGAUCUAAAUAAUAUACAGUGUGAUGCAGGAGGUUUCUUUCAAGCACUUUCUUUAAAACAAAUAUACUCACUGCAUUAGUUCCAUUUUUCACAUUGCAAUAGAACUACAUAGUAACAUCUAGUGCUACAAAUCAGGUUUGGGGUUGUUUUUGAUAGUUCAAAGUAUUAUGUUGUACAUUGAUCAAGUUCUAAAUACAUGAAAUAUCAGCAGUCUAGAGGAAUCUCUAAUUUGCUAAAUAUUUUGAUUCUGCAGAAGAGCAACUAAUAAAACCCUGAAAUACAACUGUCAUGUUUCCCAUCUCUCAUCCUCUUUGGCUUCAGCAGACAAGGAACUUGCUGGAUCCUGCCUGCCCAGGUGCUGCCAUCUCCUUUGGGCACAUGUGAACACUGCAGUGGGGUGCUGUGCUUCUCUGUGGCUUAUUUUCGUUUUGUGGCAAAACCCCAGCCUAGGGAUCUAAAUUCACAUUAGAGCCUGGAGCUGGAGCAUUGGGCUGCUGGAGGUCAAAACAUCUCAGCUCAUUGCAUCAGUGUAGGUUUUCAGUACGAAGUUUCAGCUCAUAAGGGCUCCAAAGGAGAUGAUGGCAUUUCUCUCCAUUAUGUUAACUUUCUAGGAUCAAAACAUCUAAUUUGGGCCCAGUGUGUACUCCUGGAAUUCUCUGUGGGGUGCCCAACUGUGUGAAUUACAUACAUUUACUUUAAAAUUAUGCAAGAGAGGGAUCUGCUGGCAAGUAUCUAGGAGGUAUGGAGUAGAAUGAGGAGGAGCAGAGCAGGCUGCCUUGCACAUACCCCAGUGUUGACCAUUUUCUAGUGGUAGAGCUGAAAUAAAGCUUGUUUAAGGAUGUUCAACAGCUGGUGGGACAACAGCUGCUGCUUCUGUUAGUGCAGGUACUGUCCAGCUUUUCUUCCUUCCCAGGUGAAAAAUGCAACAGUGAAGUGAGGAAAUGGGGUUCCUGAUCAAUUUGAAAACCUUGAAAACAAAAUUCAAAUUUUGCUUUACCAUCAUUGCUGAGAGCAUUUGAUUGUGUUACUUGUUCUGGUUUUCUCAGAAUUGCUACCCAAGUGUGUCCCUGUCUGCUACCAGACAGUCCUGAAGGGGCAAGAAGUCUUUGACAGCAAAGAAACAACUAUUUAGACAAAAACUCUGAAUAAAAUAAUCUCUGAUUGUAUUAGUGUGUGUUGUUUUUUCACAGUUCCCCUCCAGGGUCUGGUUCUUAGCCCUAUAGAAUAACUACUCUGCUUUUGGAGCUCUUGUGGAGGUGAGAGCAGGGAGGUGACGAUGGGAAGUGGCACCUGUGAAGAUGCAGCAUCUUUUUUUCAGAGAGCCAUGCCCACUUGGGUCUUCCCUGGUGAUGCUACUCUUGCUUCGGCAGUGACAUUUCUGGAUUUAAAUCCAUGGGUGGCUGAAGGCUUGAAGUGUAGUCCUGCAUUGGCAUCUCAGAGAAGAAAAUACCAAAGAGUGAGGAGAUUAAGGGGGUUCGAGAAGAGGAAUUGCCAAAUAAAUGUGUAACAAGAGAACCACUGUGACCAGAGUUCAAUGUUCAGGGUGUUGUGCAGCAUUUGUUAAUCUGGUACUGUUCUGUCCUGGUACAGGUCAUUGUGGGUGUGGGGAGGUCCUGCUGGCUGGAGGAAGGCUGGGCUCUGCCUUGCUGCUGGCUGGUGAGAAGAUUGGCUGCACCCAAGGUCACUUGUGACCUUGGAGCAUUUCUUUUAGCUGUCAGGUCACAUUGAUUCAUGUCCCUGCUGUACCUUUCUGAGAGGUUCUAUGUGAGGUCUGUGUGCCUGAGUGAGAAGGCUGGUGAGAAGUGUAGAGGCAGAGCCUCAAGUGGUGGUUGUACUUUCAACAAGAGCAUCUUUGAGCUGCCUCCUGCUGGUUCUGGACAGCAGUAGCCUGGAAAUGGCCCUGGUACUGCAGAGCUAUCCUUCACCCGCAUGGCAGCCCAGGGCUCCUGAAACUGUAGCUGGGCAGUGGGAGCAGCAUUUUUUAGCCGGCUCGUGGCUCCUGCCCCGGAUCUGCCGGAGAACAGAGGCCUGUCAACGGCUUCCUGUGGCUGCUGCCCAAGCCAGGAAGGGUCAUUCUAGAAUGAAUGAAACUCUCCAUACCAACAAGCCCUGUGAGAAGGGGAGCUUGUACAGAUUUCCAGCCUCACUUAAUAUUUUGCAGUCAAUCAAAGAGGCAUUUUGAUCAUGUUUACCUAAAAUGAUUUUUAACA